AACCUGGAGGACCUGGGCGCGUUUCCGGUGCUGGCGGCCGCAGACGGUGUUGAAGGCCAGGACCAUGGCCAGCAGCGAGCGCAGCUUCAUUGCCAUCAAGCCCGAUGGAGUCCAGCGAGGCCUCGUGGGAGAAAUAAUCAAGCGUUUUGAGCAAAAGGGAUUCCGUCUUGUUGCCAUGAAAUUCAUGCGGGCUUCUGAAGACCUUCUCAAGGAGCACUAUAUUGACCUGAAGGACCGUCCAUUCUUUGCUGGCCUGGUGAAAUACAUGCACUCAGGGCCAGUGGUUGCCAUGGUCUGGGAGGGACUGAAUGUUGUGAAGACAGGUCGAGUGAUGCUUGGGGAGACCAACCCUGCGGACUCCAAGCCAGGGACCAUCCGUGGGGACUUUUGCAUCCAAGUUGGCAGGACCAUGGCCCACGCGGAGCGCACCUUUAUUGCUAUCAAGCCCGACGGCGUGCAGCGCGGCCUGGUGGGCGAGGUCAUCAAGCGCUUCGAGCAGAAGGGAUUCCGCCUUGUGGCCAUGAAGUUCCUUCAGGCCUCUGAGGAACUCCUGAAGCAGCACUACGUUGACCUGAAAGACCGCCCAUUCUUUCCGGGCCUGGUGAAGUAUAUGAACUCAGGGCCAGUUGUGGCCAUGGUCUGGGAGGGCCUGAAUGUGGUGAAGACAGGACGAGUGAUGCUUGGGGAGACCAACCCAGCAGAUUCUAAGCCAGGCACCAUUCGUGGCGACUUCUGCAUUCAAGUUGGCAGGAACAUCAUUCAUGGCAGUGAUUCAGUAAAAAGUGCUGAGAAAGAAAUCAGCUUGUGGUUUAAGCCCGAAGAAUUGAUUGAAUACAAGUCUUGUGCUUUUGACUGGAUAUAUGAAUAAGAGGUGGUCAGAGCAUCAGUCCCUUCAGGCACCACCUCCUGUGUUCCUGGGCACAGCUCUUCAUUCCACUGAUAUGGAAGCAGUAGGAUGGAUGUUUAUUUCCUAAAGCAUAUUUACCAAUAAAGCCUUUAAAAACUGCA